AGAGGAGGGUGGAGAGAGGCAGGGAGAGAGGGGCACGGAGAGAGGGGCACUGUGGGACAGCCAUUCAGUCAGUGGGCUUGAGGUUCAAGGAAUGUGGCCAUCAGUGGAUGCCAACACAGGCAAAAUGUCUGCUCUGCUUCAUGGCAGUUGUUGACUUCAUUUUAAAACAGUCCAGGUGGUGACCAACAAUCCUGCCAGAAAGACUCCAUAUAUCUUGGCUGGACCUUUAUCCCCCUCUCCUCAUCAGUUUUGGACACUUCAUCACAGUGGGGACUACUUCAAGUUUCAUUUUCCCUUUCAUGGAUUAUGCCUUAAUUUUCAGAUUUGCAUACAAUUCUUGUGCGAUGGAAAAAGUGGACUGUGACGGGCUGGCCGAAUAUGUCCUAUGGCAAAUGCUGGACAUGAGGAGUGGACACGCAAUAUGUCAAACAAUACAGGCCACUGCCUUCUCCUGAUCUGAGACCAACAGAUGAGGUCAGCUAAGGUCAUUGCCAUGGUGACCUUUGCUGAGACAACACAGGUCUCCUCUAUGGAGCUACGUGAGCCUACCUGCCUGACCACGACCCUGUCCCCUGGGCUGCGGCGGAAAAAGAUGUUGUGGCAGAAUGCUGUAAAACACAUCAUUAUCCAGCAGGAGCUCAACGCCCAGGUGGGUGUGGAGCCAGCGCGUAAAAUCUUUGUGACGGAUGCCUACAUGGAGGAGAUCAAUACACAAAUCCGCGACAAGGCCUCACGCGGGGUCACAAAACGCCGCUCCUCCACCGUCAGAGUGCACCCCUCCCAGGUCCGUGGUUCCACCAGCACACACAACGGUUCUUUUAAUGACUACGCCAGCGAUGCUGACUUCUUUGUGCACUGGGACCACACAGUUCGUGGAGUCUACAUACCUAGUCUGAGGCACACCUUCAAGUCUCGUGAUCUGGAGAAACUCUACCAGCAACACUACUCCCACCAAAGACGCAACUCUCUAGCCAUCACCAAUGUAAUUGAUGCAGUGGCCAAGCUACAUGUAUUGGUUCUGUACCUGGCACUGGCCCCUGAGUUGGCCACAGACACUCUGCGUGGCUGCCUGACAGGCAUUUUUAUGGUGUUGCCCAUAGCACUGUGCAUCAUGGUGUUAACUUGCAAAGACUCCAUGUCCCCACAAUGGCUUCACUACGCUGGCCUAGCUAGCUGGCUGUCGCAGACCACACAGGUGCUGGGAGGACUUGUGUAUGGACUGGAAAAAGACCCAUCGUGGUAUGUUUUGUUCACAUUGUUCGCCACAUACACGCUGAUGCCCUUACCUCUGCUGUGGGCCAUGUUCGCCGGCUCCCUCACCUCAGUACUGCACCUUCUGGUGGAGAUAGUGCGCUACUACAAUGAUGCUGUGCUUUUGAGAACGGUGUUUGCCAAAGGCCUGCUGUACCUGGGUAUGAACACAGCUGGCUUGUUCAUCCACUACCUGACAGACCACGCCCAGAGACAGGUUUUCCUGGAGACACGGCGCUGCAUUGAGGGUCGCCUCAAACUAGAGCAAGAGAACCAGAGACAGGAGCGUCUGGUGCUAUCAAUCCUGCCUCGCUUUGUUGCCUUGGAGAUGAUCUCUGACAUGAGUUCUUUGGAAGAUGAACUCAAUCCUCAGGAGUUUCACAAGAUCUAUAUCCACCAGUACAAAGAUGUCAGCAUCCUUUUUGCAGACAUCAAGGGCUUCACUCUGUUGUCCAUGAACCUGUCUGCCCAGGAUCUGGUCCGAAUCCUCAACGAGCUCUUUGGACGCUUUGACCGACUGGCAGAUGAGCACCACUGCCUGCGAAUAAAGAUACUGGGAGACUGUUACUACUGUGUGUCAGGGGUCCCUGAGCCACAACGUGCCCAUGCCCGUCAUUGUGUUGAGAUGGGCCUGGCUAUGAUUAACACCAUACGGUACGUAUGUAAGCAGCUGAACUUUGACAUGGACAUGAGGAUCGGGAUCCAUUCGGGCUCUGUCCUGUGUGGGGUGCUGGGGCUGCAGAAAUGGCAGUUUGACGUCUGGUCCUGGGACGUAAGCAUUGCCAACAUGCUGGAGGCCGGGGGCAUACCAGGACGCAUCCAUAUCUCAAGGGCGACCCUGGACAGUUUAGAAGGCUCCUACAAGACAGAAGAUGGUCAUGGCCGUGACAGGAACGAGUUUCUGCUCAAACACAACAUCGACACUUUCCUCAUCUGCCCUCAGGAGGAAAGGAACAAGGUUGACCUUACUGAGGCCCCCAAAGUCCAGAAAACUAAACAAACCUGGAACCCAGAGAUGCCCUUUGGGAACGUCACUGACAUGAACAGUAUCCUGGCCUCCUUUACCAACGGUUCGCUGCUCAACAUAUGGCAGUCCACCUCCAAGGAGAUUAACAAACGCAUUAAACAUGCCAUUGAGGUCCGAAGCAGUGAGCGUAUGCACAGGGAGCACAUCACUCCACUGACCCUGGUGUUCAAAGACACACACAUCGAGGACAAGUUCUCCCAGAUGAGAGAUGAAAUGUUCAACUCCAACCUGGUCUGCUCCUUUAUAAUGCUCCUCUUUCUCAUGGCUGCCCAGGCCCUCAUUCCUGCACCCAGGUUGUUCCCAGCCGUCCUCCAGUUUUCAGUCUUUCUGCUCGCCUACAUGCUGCUGCUGCUGUUGGCCCUGGCUGAAGAGUUCAAGUGGACUCCUGCAGCACUGCAGCACUUCUGCUGCUGGAUCCACGAGAACAACAGUGCCCGCAACCUCCUCACCCUUGCCGCCAUCGUCAUCAACUUUGGCUUGGUCUCUACUGACAUGGUAUGGUGCAUUCUCACAGACGCAGCAGAGGCUGAUGAAAUGGACAGAACAAACACAGCCUUACGUCCACUCACCGUCUGCACUUACCCUGAAGUCUUUGUAUUGAGUGGUGUGAUUGCCAUGGUGACUUGUGCCGUGUUCCUGCGUCUAAACUCUCUGCUGAAGCUGGCGGUGUUGCUGCUGGGGGUGGCUGUCUACUCCUACCUCAUCCACUUGGCCUUCCUCACACUCACACGCCAUGAUAUGCUGCACAGGUCUCACUAUGUCAGGAGAAAAGGAGUUUCCAUCCUUCUCAUGGCCAUGUUUAUUGUUGCUGUCUUCUACAAUGGACGGCAGUGGGAGGCCACUGCCAGACUGGACUUCCUGUGGCGUCUGCAGGCCCAGCAGGAAGUGGAGGACAUGAGAGAACUGCGGGAACACAACGAGUGUCUGUUACACAACAUCCUGCCUUUGCAUGUGGUGCGACAUUUUCUGCACCGGAGCAAGAACGAUGAGAAGCUUUACUCCCAGUCCUAUGAUGAAGUCGGUGUUAUGUUUGCCUCCAUCGCUGGCUUCAAUGAGUACUUUGAGCAGAAAGAGAUCAAAAAUGAGGGAGUGGACUGCCUCCGACUUCUGAAUGAGAUCAUUGCUGGCUUUGAUGAGUUGUUGGAGGAGUCGUACUUCCAAUAUGUGGAGAAGAUAAAGACCAUUGGGAGCUGCUACAUGGCAGCCUCUGGCUUAGCUCCUGACAAACAGGCAUAUAUGGAUGAAUGGAAUCACCUGAGCGAGCUGGUUUUGUUUGCGUUGGCAAUGCAAGAGACCUUGAAAGAGAUUAACAGGCUCUCUGCCAAAAACUUUGAGCUGCGUGUGGGUAUCGCCCAUGGGCCAGUGGUGGCAGGGGUGAUCGGUGCCACCAAGCCACAGUAUGACAUCUGGGGGUCAACAGUGAACCUGGCCAGCCGCAUGGACAGCACAGGUGUGAACGGACGCAUCCAGGUACCCGAGGCCACGUGCAGGAUCCUGGCAGAAUGGGGUUUUGUCUUGGAGCUACGUGGAGAAAUCUUUGUCAAGGGGGUGAGCGAGUGUCAGGGGAAAGUCCGCACCUAUUUCAUCAGUACCAUGCGCAGCAAGAGGGCCAAUGUUGGAACAGAUGGCCGCUUGGAGGGGCGGACAGUAGGACGCAUGACGCUAGCAGGAGUGGUGUUCGGUCUCGUCCAGGCCAGACACAAGGAAAAGAUGAGAGAGACCAACAGGGGCUUCUGUCUGACUCCCUGCACACUGCAGUGCUGAGUGCUUAAUGUCAGAUGACUGCAGGUAGAGGAGGACACAGUCCAGCCAUAUUGUUUUUACUGGUUUACAGUUUUGUUGUUUGUGUUUUCAUAACUAAAUUAGCUGCACAAACAGAGAAGAGGGUGUAGCUGUCAGCCAUGGGAUCCAAAUCCUACCAGAGCUUUUGUUCCUGUUUCAUCCAUGACUGUGUCCUCCUCGACUUCCCUGUCAUCUAAAAAAGAAAUAUUAGGUUUUGUGCUGUUUUGUGCUUUAUUGACACAUAAGUGAACUCCAUGGGCAUAUUUCACGUAGAGCGGUGUGUUAGAAAGGAACUAACUGUCCUACUGGCCUCACUGCUUUGAGUUUUUUAAUUGCCAUAUCUACACAUUGUAAGCAAUGUUUUCAGUUAAUUUUGUACAAAACUAACAAAGGCCAACAUGUCUUUUUUUUUUUGUCUGGGAUAAUACUCCAGCAAGUCCUCAGACCUCUAAGCCAACACAGAAUACCUCAAAACAACCAGCUCAACCUCUCAUAGACUACCGAUGGCCUAUACAAUUUUUCAGUAAAUUUUGUAUUGUGAGUUAUCUGUUUUAGUGGAACUUCGGUUGCCAUAUUUCAAUCCAUCAACAUAAUUCAGCAAACAGAAGUCCCAUUAUUUAUGAAUCGAUGGCUGCUUGGUUUCAUAUUGUACUUUCUUUUUCUGUAAAUACUUUUCACCUGUGUAUAGCUCCCUCUGAAGUGAUAUUUCAUGUCACCGUUACUGUCAGUGUUGCUCUGGAUUUCUGAGAUUUAUUUGUCAAACAUCUGAAUGUAACAAAUCACACCGUAGCCAAUUCAGUUGUGCCUCAGUACACUAUUACUCUCACUUCCGUUACUUAACUACAGUCAUAUUUUUGUCGUAACAGUGAAACUCAACAAAGAGGUGAGUGUUUAACCGUUGAACCAGUUUUAAUGCCAAAAUCUCCUCUCAUGUUACUCCUCUUCUUGUAUACUAAAACCAAAGAACACAGAAGGUUAUAUUCGUGUGUAAUAAUUAUAUAAAAAUACGUUAUGUUGUAGGCCUGAUGCAUAUUGUCAAUGUCAUAUGAAAAAAACAUUGUCACUGCAAAUUAUUAUGUUUUUUUAUAUUUCAACUGAAGGAUGACAAGCUCCACUAUGGGACUUUCUGCGUAUAUAAAACCUUUUCAAAAACAGAAUCUCAAAAAAUGUAUAAAUGUUAAUAUGAAUGUUGUACAAAUAAGAGAAAGUCUUUGUCCAUGUAUGUUGUAUACCUCAGAUUUAAAUGUUUCAGUUAUCACUGGGCUGGGCCUUUAAAAGAAGGCUAUGUUUUCUAAAUGUAUUGUGUAACAGCAAAAUUGGUAAAAUUGUGUUAUUCAUUCAACAUAAGUAUAUUAUGUUUGUUUUUCCAUAAUUUUUACUGAAACAUUUAAUAGUCUACAUUUUCUGCUAAUAAAACCAAUAAUUACAACA